AUGAUUUUUAGUAAAUCAAUUAUUACAGCAAUACAGAAAUCAGAAAAAUGUAUAAUUAAAAGUUAUAUAAGUGAGGAUGUAGAAAGAUUAAGAAUAAAAAAUGUUAAUAAUAUAGAUAAAAUAAUAAUAAGAACAGUUUCCUUAUGUAAAUUUUUUCUGUUUACCAUUUUAUUAUGGAUAACACAAUGUUCAAAUAAAUUUAGUCAAAAUGAAGAAGUGGACACUGACAACAUGAGAAGAAAAACAUAUUUAAGAGCUAGUAGAUUACUGGCACAACCAUCUGUAGAAUUUGAUACAGUAUUUAAUAUGUAUGAGAAAAACUUCUUAGACAAAAUGGGAUGUAACAGUAAUGAAAAGGAUCAAAUUAAAGGUAUGAUGAGGUCAUAUUUUAAUCAAUUAGAUAUGUCAUCCUUAGCUAAACAAUAUGAACAAAACCCAGGUAAAAUACCAAACAUGGACCCCAAUAUGCUACGAAACAUAGACCCCAAUAUGCUACGAAACAUAGACCCUAAUAUGCUACGAAACAUAGACUCAAAUAUAUUAAAAAACAUAGAUCCAAAUAUGUUCCCACCUCCCAAUCCAAACAUGAUGCCAUCGCCCAAUCCAAACAUGAUGCCAUCGCCCAAUCCAAACGUGAUGCCAUCGCCCAAUCCUAUUGCUUGCGCUCCUUCAUAUAUAAAUGGGAUAGAAAAAAAAAACACAGAAGAAGCUAAUUCCGAAGUUCAAGAAAAGAAUGAAAAUGUACCUGAUCAAAAUGUCGAAUGUCCAAAUAAUAAGUGUAGAUGGAUUAGGAAUUUUAUAAACUAUUUUGACUUUUUGAGAACUCCAUCGUUUAUAUCAGUGAGCACAUUAUUAUCAGUGUGUUUUGGGAAAUACAAGAUUUCACUACUCUUAUUAACCAUAUUAUUUACUAAAACAGUAAAUUUAUGUUGGACUCUUAGAAAUAUUCAUAAUCAGUUUUUGAGAAAACAAUAA